AUGGAUAAGGAUAAUAACCAUCAUCAUCAUGACUACAUUGAUAUAAGUCAGCUUCCACUUCCUCCUCCACCUCCACCUCUCCCACCUCCUACUACUCUUUAUCGAUUGUCAUCAACAACAACAACAACAACAACUACUACCACUACCACUACCAGUGCUAAACAAAUAGGGGUUGUUGUGAACUCUCAUCAUCAGCACCUGUUUAGUUCAAAUGAUGAUGAUGUCAGACAACUAGUCAAUGACAUACAACUAAACCCUAAUCAAGGUAUACUAAACUUGGUCGAUAUGUUGUGUCAUAAUCAUACAAACAAAAACAACAAUAACAUUAUUAAUAACAAUACAUGUUUACAAUUGCUAUUGUAUUAUCUAUCAACAAGAAUAGAGAAUGAUAUCAAGAUGGUCAAUCACGAUUGUAUAUUACAUCUUCUAAGCAAUCAAACAAAGAUUAAAAUACGAUCAUCUAUACUUGACGCAUUCCAAAACUAUGAUCAUAGCCAUCAAACCACUCUAGUUGAUAGUAUUGCAUUUACUCAUUUAAAGAGAAUGAUAUGUUUAAUGUUAACUAAUCGUUACAAAAGUAAUAAUAAUAGUGAUGACCAAGAAAUAUUUAAAAUUGAUAUAUUUAAAUGGUUUAAUAAUAUUUGUAAUACAAAUAAUAAUAAUAAUACAAAUAAUGUACAACAACAAGACCAACAACAACAUAUUCCAUAUAUAAUAGAAAUUAUAGAUUAUAUAUUGAUUGGAAUUUCAAAGAUAAAAUCAAUCAAUUAUUCAAAUAUAAUAUUUGAAACGUUGGGUAAUAUUUGGAGAUUAGAAUUAAGUAACAGAGAUUUACAAGAAAAAGAAGUUUUAAUGUUAUUAUCAAUCUUUAAACAUUAUGAGUUUAAUGAUCAAGAUGAAGAACAAAUACAACUCAAGAAAGAGAUUACAAAUAGAAUUUAUAAUCAUCAAUUAUCAAUUAACCAAGAAUUAUACAAGACUGAGGAUGUUUACUCAUUCUUUAAACUAUCCAUACCAAUUCUAUUUGAAAAUGCUAGGAAUGAUGAAUACUUUAUUCCACAACAACUAGAUAUUCAAAAAUACAUGGUCGAUGUCUGGAAUGACGAACAUUUCAUAAAGGUUAAAGAUUCAAAAUCUGGUCUAAUGGUUAUACGUAAUCUUGGUGGUUGGUCAAACUAUGAAAUAUUCGUAUCAAUCAUUUUUAAUUAUAUUAAUGAAUUGUUAACAACAACAACAACAACUCAGACCAUUGAUUGUAAAGAUAGAUUAAUUAUCCUUAAAAUAUUAAAUCUUGUAGACUUUAGAUAUAUUGAUCGAGGUUCUUCUUCUUCUUCUUCUUAUCAUCAAACAAAUCAAAAUCAAAAUCAUAAUAAUCGAUUAAUAUCUCAUUCACAUUUAAUAUUUAAUAAUCAUUUCAUUCAAAAAAUUUUCUCAAUAGUUUCAAAUGAUAAUAAUAAUAAUUGUUGGAAUGUACUUGCUCAAUGCGAAUUGAUGACAUUAAUUUCAAAACUAUCAAAAAAAAUGCCAAUCGAUCACAAACUUGGCAAUUGUAUAAAAGAAUUUUAUGAUGGUAUCAUUAACCAAGAACAGGAACAAGAUUUACUACAACCACGUAGAUUAUUUUUAUUUGGUCAACAUUUAAAUCAAGUUGACAGUGAAUGUCAUCCAUUGUAUCAAGAUGUAAUUGAUCAAAUGUUUGAAAAAUCAUUGAAAUCAAAUCAUCCAUAUCUUGUCAACCAAGCCGAAUCAUAUUUCUUUGAUUCAAUAAUCCACAAAAAGAAAUAUACAAGAGAAUUAAAUAUUAAAUCAAAAAUGACAAUUGUGUCACCAAAUUUGGAUUCAUUAAUUAUUUCAUUUUUGGAUAAAUACAAAGAUGAUGAGAAUAUUAGUUAUCAACAAAAUGCUGACAACACUAGACUAUCAACAAGAUAUAGUGUAUCGAUUCAUUCAAGAGUAUUUAGUGGAUCGGGUCGUAGUCAAAUACAGUUACUUAAAAAGUUGGCUGUCUGCGUCAGAGAUGAUGGUCUAUCUUAUUCACCAACACAAAAAGGUACCUUGUUGGAUUGGAUAAAAGAUAGUAUUACCAAAACACAUCAAAAAAUCUCGACUCUUCAAUCCUCCCCUUAUUUGGCAUCUUCCUCAGCUACAUUCCCUUCAUACUUUAAAGAAUUGUCAGACUUGUCAGAACUGAUUAUGAAACUGUCCAAGCUUGAUGGAUGGUAUCUCGGUCCAAUCAUAUCACUCCACAUUGAAAUGUUACUCGAUUCAAUCAAAGCACAACCAAACAAUUCUAUCUAUCUAUCACAUUUGGUUGAAAGAUUAGUUCAAUUUUAUGAAAUGCAAAAGAUCGUUCCUCCAUCCAUCCACCUAUCAUCAACAUCACAAACUUUUGGAAACAAGAUAAUCCAAUCCUCUGAAAUAUUCGAGUAUAUCAAAGAAAGAUUCCAACGUCAUCAUAUCCUUGAUAGAUUAUAUAUUGUUGAAAUGUUAUUAAAUACUCAAUUAUCUCAAUCUUUGGAAGAAAUAAAUAAUAAAUAA